AGAAAUGUUAUCGUAUGGGGCCCUGGGAUUUCUGAUGGCGGUCCUGUGCAUGGGUAUUUACGUGUCUAAAUCUCUAACCUCAACUUGUUUCAAUGGCAGAUUGUUGAGGACAUAUGGCAUCUUCUUUCCAAAUACGUGGAAAAGAUGAUUCGAGAGAGGAUUCAGCCUGACAUACGCGCCAAAAGCAAUUAUCUUGCCUCGUUCCGUUUCAUCAACAUCGAUUUUGGCAAGAAGCCCCCACAGAUAAAGUCUUGGAAAACUCAUGCGGAUCCAGAAAAAAAGCAAAUAAUGUUGGAUCUCGAUAUCAGUUAUAAUGCCGACAUAAAGGUGGAUGCCGGUUUUACGGAAAAAACCCCCAUAGCCGGCAUCAAAUCUAUAAAGCUGGAGGGAAUCUUGCGGGUAAUUUUGGCACCGCUGAUGGAGGACUCACCCAUAUUUGGAGCACUGACCGUUUAUUUCCCUCAUCGUCCGGUAUUGGAACUACAAUGGACCGGAUUUGCCCACCUACUGAAUAUUCCUGGACUUCAAACGCUGUCGGAAAAAGAGCUUAUGAACCAAAUCGGACAGAUCAUCGUUGCGCCGCAGCAUUUCAGCCAUCCCCUUGCAGCCAGAUUUGAUUUGGCUAAGCUGCAGUUUUUAGAACCCAGGAAUGCGCUUCGUAUCCGAGUCAUAGAAGCCAAAAACCUUGUUGCCAAGGAAAUUUUAACCAAAUCGUCGAACCCUUAUGUUGUGAUAUGCGGAGGAGGAACAACAGCAAAGACAAGGGUGAUACACAAGAACUUGAAUCCAAAGUGGAAUGAGACCUUUGAGAUAUUAUAUUCUGACCUCCCAGACCAGGAGAUAGAAUUUAAUCUCAUCUCUGACAAAGGUGUUAAGAUAAACCAGCAAUUGGGCAGUUGCAGAAUUAGAAUUAAAGAGGUGCCAGAGAGAGGAUUCAUAGACAAGUGGAUAGAUUUGGAGAACGUAAAGUCUGGCCAGCUUCAUAUCAAGGUGACACGUCUCAGGCUACUUUCAGACCCAACACAACUGGAAGAGGUAAAGUCUCUGUUCCUUUACGCUGGCUACCGUGGAAAUACGUUGGAAUGUUUUGUUGGUGCAUCUAAUUUUUUUUUGGUUUUCCAGGUGCUGAAAGUAAAUGAACAAUCGCGGCCAAAAAGAGAAAAUGAGAUUGCUUCAGCCGUUUUAUACACCUAUAUUGAAAAAGGAAGGGGUCUGCCUGUUAUACAAGUGAAGAAGGACAAUCUGAAAGCGUUAGCUGUCGUGCAGGUUGGCGUUGAAGACAAUGUAAAGAAGAUUGGAAGCAGAAUAAAUAACGGAGAAGCAGAGUGGAAAAAGAGGUUCCAGUUCUUGAUAAGGAACCCACUUAAUGAGGAACUGAAGCUUAAGGUUCACAAUGAACACAAUAAGCCCAUCGGAAGUAUUACUGUGCGCCUAUCUCGCCUUCUGGCUGCUUCGGAAAUGACCUUGCAGGACUGGCUGCCCCUGGAAUCAACUGAACAGAAUAGUGAAAUCCGGGUGAAAUUACAAUUGAGGAUUUUGACCCCUGAUGUUGGAGCUCCAUCGCCCCAAGGAAAGACCAAGGCUCAAUAUAUCAAACCACGGACCAAAGUCAAGAAGCACUGAGCGUUCAUUUUACAAUCAUUAGGUGACUGGCCAGUCUACCAACUCAUAGACACAAUCCACACAAUCUAUUUGAUGAAUUAGAGCCAACAGAAAUUCCAAAUAAAGAAUUUAUUCCUGAUUCAAAUGAUAUUGUUUACCCGUUAUUAAGAUCAAAGCUAACGCGCAGGUCUCCCUCCCACGGUUGGACAGAUCUCAAGUCCUUUAUAGGAGUUAAAUGGAACAUAUGGAACAUACAGGCACAUUAGCUCAUAAGUGGUUGGACGUGGAAAAGUUUCAUAGUGACUUAAUGCAGUGUUGUAUUUGAAGAAAUCUAAAUAUUUCCUCUUGGGGAAUGUUAUACUGGUCACGCAAUUGUUGCACUGAGAGUAAGGGUGUCCAUUUAGUAAGGGUAAAUAUUGUAGUCAGGUUGUUUUGUUCCCAACCCUGGAAGGUCCCACCAGAAAUCCCUGGAGGAAAGUCUGGGUUAGACAAAAAUACAGCUGGCUUAGAUGGAGAAACAAACUUAUAAGGCCAAAUGUGCCGUAUCUUGAGAGAAUGUGACAAUAUUUGGGUGUGUCCUUAAUUGUAGAGCAAAGCGUUUAGAACAUAAUACAUUUUGAACAUGCCCACUGUGCCGUGGUAUGAGUUGACCUCUUUGGGCUUCUAUAUAGUAAUAGUGAAGGUUUUAGGCUUCCCUUCUAUUGCUUCUGGAAGCAGUAUAAGAGUUAAAUCUGGUUCUUUUGUUAUCCCACAAAAAUGUAUUGAAAACUUUUAGUAAAUAUUCUAUGCCCUCUGGAGGAGUAACAACUUUCGUGGUGUGGAGAUGCGUACGGACAUCAAAGAUGUCUAUGAAGCAAAGCAACAUGGUACUUUUGUAUUUCAAGAAGAAGUUUAAUUCUGCUGAGGAUCUGAGGAGGAGGAUGAAGAAGGAAGAAUGGGAGGAUUUAAUACCAACACAGAACUUUUGUAUUUUGAAAAGAAGGUAGCAUGCGGUAAAGUAACUCAUGAUCUGCCCACAAUCUGAGGAGGAUGACAAUGGAGGAGGAACUUAGAAGACUACAUUUUAUCUCCUACAUGAAUAAUUCAUUCAACUACCCUGAUGUAGCCUCUCGUCACCCUUUGGCAUCAGUUGUGAGCCAUGCAAGUACUUUUGGGGCAGAGGAGAAGGAAGAGGACAUCAAAGAUGCCCAUGAAGCAAGCCAACAUUGAACUUUUGUAUUACAAAUAGAAGAUAUUUUGUUCUUGUAACAUUUCAAUGCCCAUGAAUGUCAACUGGAAUGUCAACAGGCUCCCACCAGUCUGUAGAGGACGAACGAGGAAGAGGAGGACUUAACAUAAACAUCAAUGCUGCUACCUAAGGCCACAACUCACCCUCUAUGUGUCAGUACCUUCUAGGUUGCACCCUCAUUGUCCCUGACCUUUGGCCUGACUUCUCAUGAUGGAACAUCUACUGUCUGUCUUGCUUAUCCGUUAUUAAGAUCAAAGCUAACUCGCAGGUCUCCUUCCCAUGGUUGGACAAAUUUAAAAUCCUUUAUAGGAGUUAAAUGGAACAUAUGGUCAUACAGGAUCUAGUAUCGAAGGCAAAUUAGCUUAUAAGAGACUUAGUGCAGUAUUGUACUUGAAGAAAUCUAAAUAUUUCCUCUUGGGGAAUGUUAUACUGGUCACACAACUGUGGCACUGAGAGUAAGGGUGUCCAUUUAGUAAGGGAAUAUACUGUAGUCAGGUUGUUUUGUUUUCACCACUGGAAGGUCCCACCAGAAAUCACUGGAGGAAAGUCUGGGUUAGACAAAAAAACAGCUGGUUUAGAUGGAGAAACAAACUUAUAAGGCCAAAUCUGUGCCGUAUCUUGAGAGAAUUUGACAGAAAUCCCCAGAGGAAAGUCUGGGUUAGACAACCCUGAGAGAAUGUGACAAUAUUGGGUGUGCCCUUAUUUAUAGAGGGAAGCGUUUAGAACAUAAGGGGGGAUGAAGCCCGUUUAGGGAUGAAAUUGGGUUAUGCAAGGCCCCCUUCCCCGUAAGGUGCAGCCCUUUUAGCCUCCCCCACCCCAUUCCCAGUUAGCCCCCAGGUAAGAACAAUGGAAAGUGGGAAAAAGUGGGCGGGUUGGGGGUGGAAACAGAGGAGGAGCGUUGAACAGGGCAGGGGUUUUAAGAGGAUGUGGUUUGUGAAGAGUUCAUACGUAUUUGUUUUUUGUUUCCCAUCCUCCCUCUCUAGCUAAGACAGAUCCAGUCGAGAAAAAGGAAAAAGUUGCUCCAGGGUUGUUACAACCGAUGGCCUGGAUGGGGUCAGGAAGGAAUUUUUCUCAUAGCACUUAAUUGGCUGAAAAGUGCACAGCAGGCAGACUUUCAUGUGGGGCCACACAAGCGGGGGGUUUCAGGCCGGAUGCUUCCUCUAAAGUUACGCCCAUUGGCUUAACUACCGGGGGAGAAGGGGGUGCGAUUGUACCAGGACCCGCACCCCCGCAGGGCCCCCCGGCAGAUCGCGCCCUGCUGCAGCCGGCUGUAGUCGGCUGGAGCCGAAGAGAACAUCGGCAGAUGUAGUUGUUUACCAGUUGCUUUCGAGUCGUUUCAAGGCUAGCAGAGGAAGAAGAAGGAGCUCGCUCCCGAUUUCUUUUUCUGUAUAGUGUGAAAUUGAUUCAAAUUUUUUUCCCCUUUUUUUUUUUUUAACUUUUUAACUCCUUUUUCUAAUGAUGUUUGAAAAACUCCAAACUUUUUUUAGACCCAUUUUUGCAGAUUUAAUAUAUAUCCUGUCCCUGUCGGCUUCUUUUUAGGAAACCAACGCAUUAAAAUAGGAUAUGUUAUAGUAGGAAUUCUGAUAUGGAAGCGUUACAGGAUCUGGAAGAAAAACCGCCGUCCCACUGAAAAGACAGAGGAUGAACCCAAAGAACAAAAAAAGUCUCCAAAAACAGUUCCACGUGAAGACUUUGAGAAAAUCGAGUCCCUGAAUGUGAUUGUUAAGGAUAUAUGGCAUCUUCUUUCCAAAUACGUGGAAAAGAUGAUUCGAGAGAGGAUUCAGCCUGACAUACGCGCCAAAAGCAAUUAUCUUGCCUCGUUCCGUUUCAUCAAUAUCGAUUUUGGCACGAAGGUAAUGAUCUCUUUCUGUACUUGGGUUAUUCCUCUUCUUGUAAAUAGAUUUCUUGUAACACCCCAAUCUUUAUGCUCAGCCCCCACAGGUAAAGUCUUGGAAAACUCAUGCGGAUCCAGAAAAAAAGCAAAUAAUGUUGGAUCUCGAUAUCAGGUACAUUUCAAACCCAUCUUUUUUCUAUUUCCUUUGCCCACUCUGAAAUGUCCCUUCCUUACAUAAUUGUCUUUUGCUCCUUUUUUCAGUUAUAAUGCCGACAUAAAGGUGGAUGCUGGUUUUACGGAAAAAACCCGAUAGCCGGCAUCAAAUCUAUAAAGGUGAGUCUACCAGUCUUAUAUCGCGUACGUUAGCUGCUUCCUUUGCAUUUAUUAUAUAUAUAAACAUUACUUUCUCUUUUGCAGCUGGAGGGAAUCUUGCGGGUAAUUUUGGCACCGCUGAUGGAGGACUCACCCAUAUUUGGAGCACUGAUCGUUUAUUUCCCUCAUCGUCCAGUAAGUUAAGAUUUGGAGCUGGUAAGAUGAAGGUAGAAUUCAUAUGUAGUUAGGAAACCGUCGAUAUUUCUAGUUCUGUAGUCUGAACUCUUCAAUGUGACUGUGCAUUUAUUGCAGGUAUUGGAACUACAAUGGACCGGAUUUGCCCACCUACUGAAUAUUCCUGGACUUCAGUAAGUUGACUUAUAUGUACUCAUACUCUGCCCUUCCUUUCCCAGCUAUUGCUUUUGUCUUUAAUCAAAAACGUUAUUGCGCUUUAUUCCUCUCCCAAUUCCCUACCUGCUCUAUCUAGCUUAUUUGUACAUUGGAAUAACAUACAUAUUUCCUUCUCCCAUCUCCUUCAGAACGCUGUCGGAAAAAGAGCUUGUGAACCAAAUCGGACAGAUCAUCAUUGCGCCGCAGCAUUUCAGCCAUCCCCUUGCAGCCAGAUUUGAUUUGGCUAAGCUGCAGUUUUUAGAACCCUGGGUAAGGCCUAGUUUGUAUUUUAUAGCCUUCCUGCUUCCCUGUAGAGAGUCAAGGGGGCAAAUUCACUAAGA